UUAGACGCCGGCCCAACACACAACACAAACCCUUUAUAAAACCCUAGAGCAUACAUUAUUUUCAAAUCUUUUGAUUCCUUCCUUAUCAAAACCCUAACAUAGAUCCUUCACUUCACAAAUAUGGCUUCCAGCUUCCCCAAUCUUGAAUGUCGUAUGUACGAAGCCAGGUUUCCCGACGUCGAUAUGGCCGUCAUGAUUCAAGUCAAAAGCAUCGGUGAGAUGUGUGCCUACGUUUCACUCCUCGAGUACAACAACAUCGAGGGUAUGAUUCUUUUGUCCGAGCUCUCACGCCGCCGUAUUCGUAGUAUCAACAGUUUGAUUAAGGUCGGCCGUAUUGAGCCCGUUAUGGUUCUUCACGUAGACGCAGAGAAAGGCUAUGUUAAUCUUAGCAAGAGGAGGGUUUCCGAAGAGGAUAUUCAGAUUUGUGAAGAUAGGUAUAAUAAGAGUAAGCUUGUUCACUCCAUUAUGCGCCAUGUCGCCGAAACUAUGCAGCUUGAUCUUGAGGAUCUGUAUAUUCAUGUUGGUUGGCCUUUGUACCGGAAGUAUGGCCAUGCGUUUGAGGCAUUUAAGUUAGUUGUGAGCGAUCCUGAUUCAAUUCUUAAUUCACUUACCCGUGAAGUUAAAGAAACUGGUCCUGAUGGAGAGGAGGUGACGAAAGUGGUUCCUGCUUUGACGGAUGAAGUCAAAGAUGCAUUGGUAAAGAACAUUAGAAGAAGAAUGACUCCACAACCUUUGAAGAUCCGGGCAGAUAUUGAAAUGAAAUGCUUUCAGUUUGAUGGAGUUCUUCACAUUAAGGAUGCUAUGCGGAAGGCUGAAGCUGCUGGGAAUCAGGACUGCCCUGUUAAGAUUAAGUUGGUUGCUCCUCCAUCUUAUGUUCUUAUCACUCAAACUCUUGACAAGGAGCAAGGGAUUUCAGUUCUUACUAAAGCAAUUGCUGCUUGUACGGAAGAAAUAGAGCUCCACAAGGGAAAACUGACAGUAAAGGAGGCACCUAGAGCGGUGAGUGAACGUGAAGACAUAUUGUUGGCUGAACGUAUGGCUAAGCUAAGUCAAGCCAACGAAGAAGUGGAAGGAGACGAUGACAGUGAAGAGGAAGAAGACACAGGAAUGGGAGAUAUUGAUUUGGAGAAACAGCAGCAGGAAAUUUAGAGAGAAAAGUUGUUUAGUAGUAAUAUUAAAUUUUGGUGUCAAUGGAAAUCCAAUGAAUAGAAAGUUGUUAAGAGAGCAUGCAUACUAUUGAUAUUUGCAUUUGAUGAUUGUAGCAACGUAUGAUAUGCAGGCAGCUUCAACUUGUAUGUAAACCUAAAACCAAAUAGUAACAAUGAUUGAUUGAUUGAUUGA